GUGUAGGUUUAUUUUUAUUUACACAAACCAAACAAAAACUAAACAAAUCCAUUACUUAUACCGAUCACGAGUUGAGAAGUUUUAAAAAUUAAAAAAAUCUAGUUAACAAUAGUGUUAAUCACUUUUUAAUAAAUAAACUAGUUUUAAUAGAUAAACUAGUUUUAAUUCUCAUAAUGUCUAUAAGCAAUAAAAGUAAAAUUUUAACUGAAAUGAUGAAGUUCUCCUUUCACCACAGGGCUUUUUAUUGCUAUCUUGGUAUGAGUUUGUGGAUUUUCAUUCUUAUAACAGUUAUGUACAAGUAUAUGGCAGUAGGGGAAGACACAGUAUCUGUCAAAAAAGUGGCACAAACUGAAUACAUAUCAAAAAGUGAUCUGAAGUUCCGAAGGAUAUACAUUAAAGCCUGCACUCCACCUGAAACUAUUGUGCGAGGAGCUGAGGGAAUAGUGGAUAGCGAGACUUGGCUGCUUCAGGGUGUGCUAGUGGCGACCAGACACGGCGAUCGUGGGCCCCUCACUCAUCUAAAAGGUGGUGACAAACUACCAUGUGAUACAAAACCAGAAUCACCACUUUUGAAGAGUUACGAGGAGUUCGUGAUGAACGCGAGCACUUCCGGUCGCGCGUGGUGGGUGGGGGGUGCGGGACCGUUCCACAACUUCCCUUCAUUACCUCCUCGUGCUGCCGGCACUCACUGUGCGCUCGGACAGCUCACCGCACGCGGCCUACUGCAGAUGAUCAUCGUCGGUAAUAUUCUGCGAGAAGCUUAUGGAGAUAAGUUGAAUUUGGAGAAUGUAGAGCAAGGAAAAAAAGAUACAGGCGUGGUGGUGUCGUACAGCACGCGGUACAGACGCACGUUCCAGUCGUUGGUGGGAGUGUGGUGGGGGGCUGCGGGGGCCCGGGGCGCGGGUGGUAGGGCCGCGGCCGCCCGAGAGGCUCACAGCGUCUCUUUCUGCUUCCGAGACUGCGCCUGUCCUGCGCAUCCGCAUCUUAACAAAAAAAUUAAUACGCAAGCGAAAAACCGUCUAGAAUCACAUCCAGCUAUUAAGGAAUUGAUUAUCAAACUUUCUAAAGUCUUAUUCGAGUCCCAAGAGCAUACAGACGCAGACGUAGUAAGAGACGCUCUUCUAGCUUACAUGUGCCACGACGCUCCCUUACCCUGCAACGAGAAACCUAAAAAACCAAACAUUAAAAUGCACAAAUCCAGGAAAUUGCGAGAAGAUAACGCCCCACUCAGGAGCUUGCUAGACGUCGACAUUGACACCUUAAACAUGGAGCUGGACUAUAUAAACAACCAGCUGGAUUUCAACAACGAAAUCGGGAGGAAAGCCAGGGACAUCAUAGGUAAGUAUUACGACAAUAGAGAUAAGCAAAAAGCCCCCUUAGAUUUCGACGCGCAAAUGGAAAGAGAGAAGCUAUUGUACUACCAGCAGAGGUAUAUGGACAGCGGCGACACGUACGACGACGUUGUUAUAGUUAAGAAGAAUCUGGAUGCCGAUUUCAAUUUUCCCAAUGACGCGAGAAUGGACACCGACUUCGAUGAAGAUUACAGAGAACCAACCCCGGAGAACACUGAAGACUUUUGCAUUGGCAAAGAUCAUGUGAUGUCACUGUUCGCGUAUCUAGAAUGGAGUUAUCGGCAAGAAAUCAAGAACGUCCAUAACAGGAGACGGGGCUUGCUCGUAGCGUACGGUCUGAUACACAACAUAGUCCAGAAUAUGAUACGAAUGAUAUCGGAGAAUAAACCAAAGUUCGUCUUGUAUUCCGGCCACGAUAAGACAUUGCAAGCGUUGAUAUUAGCUUUGGGACUGAACAAUUACCAGCACUACAACAUACAGUACGCGUCGAGAAUGAUAUUCGAAGUUUACAGGAAGCGUGAUUUGAGAGAUGAAUUUAAAUUUACCAAAAGGAAAGCUGUUGCGCAAGAUUUCUACUUCCGCGUCGUUUACAACGGGGAAGAUGUUACUAAUAAGCUGAGCUUCUGUAAACCGCGCCAGAUUGUUGUGAUGGAGGUCGUUGACCCCGCUGAGGAGACAAUGCAUAAAACUUACCUCUGCCCCAUAGAAAGCAUUGUCAGAUUUAUACAUGACGAUUAUUUCGCACCGUUCAACGUCAGUAAUUACAAAGAUGCGUGCGCAACGUAUGGCAGUAUGAAACAUAUCUAACGAAGUUCUAUUGUUGUUUAAAACUCUGAUAUUAAUUUGUGCCAUUUACAAUUAGCUAUGCAAAAUAUCACCUGUUGAAUUACAUUUGGAUUUUAUAUACACGUUCAAAUAUUAAAUUCGCAAUGAAGUAAAUGAAACAACCACCAUUAGGGUAAACACUUUGAUUAAAAGAAAAAGGGAAGAUACAGUACGCUCAUACUAUCAUGAAAUAAAAUAUGAUCCGACUCAACUACAUAAGCAACUUUCACACACGCACACUUCUGUGAAUAAACAUUAAAUCGAGCGAGCAAGACAGAAUUGUACGCUUCAAUACUUUGAGCCGCGAUUGCUGUAUCUUCCCUUAUUGUUUUAAUCUGAGGGUAAACAUUAUGAUUUGCAUGCAAUAUAAGGUGCCAUUGUAUCUUAUCAUUUUAAACGAUCUGAUGAGCAUGAGCACCCCUAUAUGAUAUAUAACUCGGAUUUAUCACGCUCAAUUGUCAAAUUACUAUGCAAAUUGACAGUUAGACGCGAUAAAUAACGUGAUUUAACGUAAAUUAAGGUGCUGAUGCUACGGGGACUGGGUAUGAUAAAGGUCUUCGAAGCAUUAAUUCAAUGAAUGGUUGUUUCAAGCCCUGUAACUUUCUAUGUGUAUAAGUUAUUUUGCUUUAUGAAAACUACAACUGUUUCGCAAAAAAUUAAUUAUCCAAAAACAGAACGAAGUAUUUGAUAAAAUUAAAGUGAAAGCAUUUUUAAAUAAAAUACGUUACAAUCAGUUGUGAUUCGUUGGUUAAUUUUGCAAAUAUUUCGUUCUUACCGUGGCCAUAUUUUUAGAUUAACCAAAAACAUCCUAAAACACGUUAUUUUUAUUGUUUUCAUGCAGUUAUAAAAUAAUGUUGACGAUGAUGCCAUACUUAUAUUCGAAAUCUUUAAACAAGUUGUUGCGAUUUGACAAAUGUAAGCAUUUAAAAUUGAGAAAAAAUCGCGUACACUCCAGUACCUAGUUUUUAAUUAUAGUUUUUAAAAAUGCAAAAGGCAAUAUUUUCGAUGUCGCCAUUACUGAAAAAUUGCUGUAAUUUAAUUUUCUAUUUUGAUAUUCCGUGACCUGAUUAGAUCUCGUAUUUAUUGAAAUUCUAUCCUUUAAGCCUUUACUGUAUUUAAUUAAUUAUAUUUUAGUUAUAGGUUAAGUGAUCUCCUCUUAGAUUUUACUUUUACGUAAGUAAGUACUUAAAAUUGGUUGUCUAUUAUUGUAAACAUAUCUUUAUUCAUAUACAUUCUCCUUUAUUCUAUAAUCCCUUUUUUAAUUAAACAAAGAAUAAGCUUGGAUUAGUUACUCCAUGUUUUGUC